UUUCAGGACUAAAAUGGGGAAAACUUCCGGUGUAAAUGACAAGGCAUCGUUAUAAACCCUAAAUUCCUAGAGUUCAAAAUUUCAAAUGCUUAGAAUGAGCAGAAACUGGGUAAAGAUUAACCUCCAUCAAUCAAAGCAACGGUUUUCCUCAUUUGCUCGUUUAAUUUCUCUAAUAGCAAACCCCACUUCAUCGAAAGUUUCCCGCCAAAGUUCAGUUUAUAACACCUUCAACAAAUCCAUCAGCACUUCCUCUCCUGAUCAAUUGGAGGGAUUGAUCGAUUCAAAUUUCAAUCCCCCAGAAAUCAGCUCGCAUCCUCAAAGGGAUUCUGCAGUCUCGGUCAAUUUGGAAGAAGAAGUUGCAAUUUUGCAGCGUUCGUUGUCUGUGGAAAAGUUCGAAUCCCGUAAGUAUUCAGACGCGCAUAUUAUUUGUAAAGCAAUUAGAGAUAAUACCAGGGAUUUCGGUGAUAAAAACCAUAAAUUUCUUAGUAAGUUCAGAGAGAAACUGAGUGAAUCGCUUGUGAUUGAUGUGCUAAAAUUACUUCAAAAUGCUGAAUUAGCUGUGAAGUUUUUCAUAUGGGUAGGUAGACAAAUUGGGUAUAAUCACACAUUACCUGUUUACGAAGCUUUAUUAGACAUAAUAGGAUGUAACAAUGCUGAUAGAAUACCCGAUCAUUUUCUUAGGGAAAUUAGAGAUGAUGACGAUAAAGAAGUGCUUGGAAAACUCCUUAAUGUAUUGAUUCGUAAGUACUGUCAAAACGGUUCAUGGAAUUCAGCACUUGAAGAGCUAGCCAGGCUUAAAGAUUUUGGUCACAAACCUUCUAGAGUGACCUACAAUGCUUUAAUUCAAGUAUUUCUUGAGGCAAAUAAACUUGAUUCUGCUAAUCUUGUUUACAGUGAAAUGGCUGAUGCUGGUUAUAAAAUGGAUCCACAUACAUUAGGUUCUUUUGCAUAUUCUUUAUGUAAAUUCGGAAAAUGGAGGGAGGCUCUUGAUAUGAUAGAUAACGAAAAGUUUGCUCCUGAUACUACACUAUACACUAGAAUGAUAGGUGGGUUAUGUGAAGGUUCUUCAUUCGAAGAGGCUAUGGAGUUUUUAAACCGAAUGAGAUGUGAUUCUUGCAUCCCUAAUGUGUUAACAUACAGGACUUUGCUUUGUGGGUGUUUGAAUAAAGGAAAAUUGGGAAGAUGUAAGCGAGUUCUUAGCAUGAUGAUUGCUGAAGGGUGUUACCCGAGUCCUAAAAUAUAUAAUUCUCUUGUUCAUGCUUAUUGUAAAUCAGGAGACUUUACUUAUGCACAUAAGUUACUUAAAGAAACGGGAAAAUACGGUGUUCGACCUAAUCCUGUAAUCUUUAACAUAUUUAUCGGUUCGAUUUGUGGAACAAGUGAGAUCCCAAGUGUAGAUAGGUUAGAAUUAGCUGAAAUGGCUUAUGGUCAAAUGCUUGAAUGUGGUUUUGUGUUGAAUAAAGUCAAUGCUAGCAAUUAUGCUCGAUGCCUUUGUGAGGUUGGGAAAUUUGAGAAAGCUUAUAAUGUGAUUCGUGAAAUGAUGACCAAAGGUUUUGUACCUGAUGAAAGUACGUAUUCGAAUGUAAUUAGUUUUUUGUGUAAUGCUUCCAAAUUAGAGAAGGCGUUUUGGUUGUUUAAAGAAAUGAAAAAGAAUGGGGUUGUUCCAAAUGUUCAUACUUACACGAUUUUGAUUGAUAGUUUUUGUAAGGCGGGGUUAAUUCCUCAGGGUCGAAAAUGGUUUGAUGAAAUGAUUACAAAUGGUUGUUCUCCAAAUGUGGUAACAUAUACAGUUCUUAUACACGCGUAUCUUAAAGCUAAAAAGAUAUCAAAUGCCAAUGAGUUAUUUGAAAUGAUGAUGUCAUGUGAUUGUUCUCCAAACAUUAUCACAAUCACAGCUCUAAUAGAUGGUUAUUGUAAAGCUGGUGAAGUCGAAAAGGCGUUGCAAAUUUACUCAAGAAUGAAGGGUAUUAAAGAAAAGGAAAAUUCUGAUUUGGGUUUUCACUUUAGAGGUGAAAAGAUCGAAACUUUGGAGCCAAAUGUUGUGACAUAUGGAGCUUUGGUGGAUGGGUUGUGUAAAGCAAAUAAAGUCAAAGAAGCACGUGAACUUAUAAAUGUGAUGACUUUUGAAGGUUGUGAGCCUAAUAAUAUCGUGUAUGAUGCACUUAUUGAUGGGUUACUAAAAAAUGGGAAGUUAGAAGAAGCAGAAGAAGUUUAUUCAAGAAUGUGUGAACAAGGGUACAAUCCGAAUGUCUUUACUUAUGGAUCAAUGAUUGAUAAGAUGUUUAAAGACAAAAAAUUGGAUCUUGCUACACGGAUUUUAUCCAAAAUGCUUGAAAAUUCAUGUCCUCCUAAUGUUAUAAUCUACACAACAAUGGUAGAUGGAUUAUGUAAAGUUGGAAAGACAGACGAAGCUUAUAAACUCGUGGAGAUGAUGGAGACAAAAGGGUGUAAACCGAAUGUUGUAACUUACACCUCAAUGAUAGAUGGAUUUGGAAAAAUUGGGAAAGUGGAAAAAAGUCUUGAAAUCUUUAAAGAAAUGGGGAUGAAAAGUUGUGCGCCUAAUUAUGUCACGUAUAGUGUUUUAAUCCACCAUUGUUGUGCUUUUGGGUUGUUGGAUGAAGCUUUAGGGCUCUUGGAGGAGAUGAAAAUGACGUAUUGGCCCAUGCAUAUGGAGAGUUAUUGUAAGGUUAUUGAAGGGUUUAAUCGGGAGUUUUUGAUGAAUCUUGGGGUUUUGGAGGGUGUAAGUGAGUAUGAUUCCAUUCCGGUUAUUCCGGUUUAUAAACUUUUGGUUGAUGGGUAUAGAAAGGCUGGAAAGAUAGAAGUGGCUUUGGAAUUGGUUAAAGAGAUGAGUGAGUUAUCUUCCUUUAUGGAUAAAGAUUUGUAUUUUUCUUUGAUUGAGAGUCUUUCGGUUUCAAAUAGGGUUGAGAAAGCUUUUGAGUUAUAUGGAGAUAUGAUUAGCAAAGGUGGUGUUCCUGAAUUGAGUGUUUUUGUUAACCUUGUUAAAGGUCUUGUGAAAGCUAACAGGUGGCAGGAGGCAAUUCAACUUUCGCAGAGCUUAUGUUACAUGGAUAUUCAGUGGCUUCCUUAUGAUGACAAAAAGGAAGAAAAGUAGGUGGCCCACAUCGUCCUAGGAGGAUCAUGUGAGAUGUAAAGCAGAUACAUAGUGGUUUGCUAGGUAGCUGGCAGAAGGGGUCCACAUUGGAAUUGAAACUUUCACACUGUGUCUGCUGCUGCUGAGACUUUGUUGGUGAAUAUUGCAGCUGAAUCUGCCAUUCUUGGUUGGAAUCAGAAUCGGAAUCAGAAUCGGAGUCGGAAUCGGAAUCGGAGUCGGAAUUGAAAGAUAGCAGUGAUUCAGAGGAUGAAGAAACUAAUAAGGGUACAUGCUCUACUAUGAAGACAGAAAUCCAAGUCUCUAAAUGAUAAACAGAAAAAUGAAAAUGACCAAAAAAGAAAGCGACCUAAGAUUGUUGAGCUUUCAUAGUGGAAAUCCCUCAAAGUGACUCAAAUAUUACUUGUAAUAUUGUUUCAGUUAUAGGGAAAUUGGCCUUUAUUGGUUUGUUGCAAGGUCAUAUUGUCCUAUUUUUUUUAUUUUCUUUUUAGCUAUUUACAUAUACUAAUAAUUAAAAAUUAAAAAUAUCACCCACCA